GGGCCGCAGCUGCAGUCGGCGCAGUCGCGGCUGCGAGGGGAAUGGAUGUAGCGGCCGGGUCGGCGGGGAGACAGCGCUCGGUGGCCGGCGAGAGACACCCGCGGGGGCCCGGGGCAGCGUCCUACCAGGGUGGAGGUGACACAGACGAACAGAGCUACAGCUUUGCAGAGUUCCAGCAUGAAGGAGUUUGAGCCGCUGAGGAGACGUGUUUCAAGCAGAGAGUGAGACUGAGGCCGCUCCACAGCAUAAGUGACAUUUUUAUACCCAAGGUUGUUGUCAGACACCAACCACAGAGGAUAAAUGAUAGGAUUGCAGCUGGUGUGACUUUAAAAUAAGAGUAUCGCCGCAGUGUUGGGUUUUCUCUCCCUGCAGCUGCUACUACCUGAUCAGCACUGUCUCUACAUUUCUGUUCUAUUUUAAAUUGCCUCUUCUGGCUUUGGAGAAUGCUUCUGCUGCACGAAUUGGGGAGGACUCUGUUGUUACUUGAGCUUCUGGAGGCGGCAGUGCUGGCACACUGGCAGAAUGAGCCAGUUCAGAUCGUCAAAGACUUGGACAGCCAGAUCGAGGCCUCCAUGCAUUCGGUGCUACUGGAAUCGGAUGCCCCCGCUGUGUCCUUCAGCGUCCCAGACAGCUCUGCGUACAUUAGCCGGGCCUUUACGAUGCGGAUCCCAUCUGAGGUGCUACCUGCCCAUGUGACGCUCAAGAUUACAGAGUCUGGGAAGGAGACACUGCCCUCAUGGCUGCACUGGGACCCAGUGAAUCAUUCACUUCAGGGGCUCCCAUUGGACACAGACAGAGGGGUCCAUUAUAUCUCAGCCACUGCCCUGGAGGUGGCUGCCAAUGGAAGCUUUGUGCCUUUUGCUGAAGAUGUCUUCUCCAUUGAAGUUCUUCCAGAUGACCCAUUAGACAGCGCUCCCCUCACUGUGGCGUCGCAGUUGGUCAAUGAGGUUACGCCAUCUGUCUGUGGGCCUGAGGAACCCCUCACCAUUUUAACUGUGAUCCUCGAUGCUGACCUCACCAAGAUGACAGCCAAGCAACGGAUUGGGCUGUUGGAACAAAUGCAGAAGUUUGCAGAGGUGGGACUCCAUCAAAUGAAGCUUGUUCCAGUUGUCAACAACCGUUUGUUCGACAUGUCUGCCUUUAUGGCUGGACCUGGGAAUGCAAAGAAGGUCGUGGAGAACGGGGCUUUGGUGUCCUGGAAGAUUGGAUGUUUCUUAAAUCAGAACAAUGUCCCUAAUAUCAGCAGCGUGGAGAUCCCAGCCAAGGAGGGCACCAUGUCUGCUCAGCUUGGCUACCCUGUCGUAGGGUGGCACAUUGCCAACAAGAAACUACAGGUGACUAAGAGAGUGCGAAGGCAAAUAAAUCUCACUCCAACGCCUGUCAUUGUUGCACUGCCGCCGACAACCGCAGUUAGGGAACCUCCCAGUCAUAUAGUCCCAACACCAACCUCCCCAAUUAUUGCACCGACUACAGACCGAGUGGCACCACCAAUCAGGAAACCAUUGAUAAGUAGGCCAGUUAAAACAGUCAGACCAAAAGAUACGAUCACUCACACGCCCACUUUGGGUCCUGUGCAACCAACCAGGGUGUUGGAAAAGUCAAGUACAACUAUCCCUGGCCAGAUUGAACCGACUGUGACCAGGCCUGGUUAUGUUGAGCCCACUGCUGUGCUGCCUCCUCACACGACUAAGAAACCACGGGUUACCACUUUGAAACCACAAGUUACGACUCCAACGACAGUUACCACCAGCACUGGUAAGCCAAAGGGACAAACCAAGGCCCCACGGGUCACAAGCAAGCCAUCCACCAAGCUGCGUACCACCUCACCACCCACCAGGCGUACGACCAGCCCUGUCCAUGCCACCAAGCCCUUCCGGCCGCCUGUUGGUGAUAAUCAGCCACCCAAGCUUACAAACCACAUUGACCGUGUGGACUCGUGGGUGGGAACUUACUUCGAGGUGAAGAUCCCAUCUGACACUUUCUAUGACGAUGAGGAUGGCACCACUGACAAGCUGCAGCUGACCCUCAAGCUCAGGGAGCAGCAGGCACUGCCCGAGAACUCAUGGGUCAAGUUCAAUGGCACCAGCCAGCUGCUAUACGGCUUGCCUAACACCGGGCACGAAGGCAAGCACGAGUACUUCAUGCAUGCUGCUGACAAGGGUGGCCUGACGGCUGUGGAUGCUUUUGAGGUCCAUGUGCAUAGCCGGCCUCACAAUGGCAAGUCGAGCGCCAAAUUUGCUGCCCGGUUUCACGGAGAUCACAUGAAGGUGGCCAACGACGUCAACAAAAAAAUCCAGCUGAUCAAGAAGCUGGCCUAUGCAUUUGGCGACCGUAACAGCAGCACCAUUACCCUGCACAGCAUCUCGAAGGGCUCCAUUGUGGUCGAAUGGACUAACAACACGCUGCCCCUCGAGCCCUGUCCUAAGGAGCAGAUUCAGUCCUUGAGCAGGCGCAUUGCAGACGAUGAUGGCAAGCCUAACCAGGUCUUCACGGCAACCAUGGAGCCGGAGUUCUCCCCCAUCAAUGUGUCUGUCACGGGCACAGGCAGCUGCAAGAAUAUCCAGUUUGUGCCAGCAGUUCCGUUCUCUGAGCCUCCCAUCCAGCCCACCGUGUUGGUGGCUGCUGGUGAAGGGCCAUCCAGGACCAGCAACGAUGACGUUUACUUGCACACUGUCAUCCCGGCAGUGGUGGUGGCUGCCAUUCUGCUCAUUGCGGGCAUCAUCGCCAUGAUCUGCUACCGCAAGAAGCGGAAAGGGAAGCUCACCAUCGAGGACCAAGCCACCUUCAUCAAGAAAGGUGUUCCUAUCAUUUUUGCAGAUGAACUCGAUGACUCCAAGCCCCCUCCUUCGUCCAGCGUCCCGCUCAUCCUUCAGGAGGAGAAGCCCCCUCUUCCUCCUCCGGAGUAUCCCAGCCAGUCCAGCCACGAGGCCAUCCCCUUGGGCCAGGAUCUGAUUGGUGAAUACACUCCUCUGAGAGAGGAGGAUCCCAAUGCACCACCCUACCAGCCCCCACCACCCUUCACAGCGCCAAUGGAAGGUAAAGGCUGCCGUCCAAAGAACAUGACCCCGUACAGAUCCCCACCACCUUAUGUCCCCCCCUAAUACUUGAAGGAGCCUGGAAGCCCCAUGCCCCUACCCCACCCCCCUUUCCACACCAGUGCUGUCUGUAGGGAAUGGAAGCCUGCCAUCAUUUUUAAUUUUCUGAGCACUGGGUUUGUCGGUUUGGAAGUAAAUAAUGCUGAUGUUUCACUGCAGCCCUUCGCGCUGCUGUUCACCUCCCUGAAUUGACGGGACGGUCUCCCAGUCAGCAUUGUUACUUUGAUCGUUUCUGUACAUUGUUAUCGCAGGCUUCAGAACAUUUGUUUUAAAAUGCUAAAGAGACCACGGGCAGCACUGGGGGGAUGUUUGAUACGGUUUGCCUUUAACACUAAUUGUACUGUUUUCUAUUCACGUGUCUAGCAACGGAAGUAUAACAAAACAGUAGCCUAAUGUAAACGUCAGAGACUGUACUGAAAUCGGUUUGUUUUACAUUUAAUCCACUGUACCUAAACUUAUACUUCUAGUUUUGGCCAUGUUAAUUAUUUUGAGGUAGAACUUUUCUCUGCUCUGGCUUUUGGGACACCUUGUCAACUUUCAUUUUGCUUGUUAUCAUUUCUUGCUGUCUGGCCUCCUUCACUGGUUCGCUAACUACAUUUCCUUUAAGGUCACUGGUUCUUUCAUGUUGUCCGGUGCAUCACUGGACUGUGAGAUGGUGCUGCACAUCUCUCUCACCUCACGUGCUGUCUCUUCAUGCUCACGUUUGGCAUUCUGUCCACCUCAGCUGCCUCUCCUCUGCCUUGCACGUUUUUUAACUUUCUGGGUUCUCUGUUUCUUCCCUUUGCCUUGUGCAUCCCAUUUCUUGCUCUCUCAUACACCCUUUCCCCCUCUAAUUUGUGCGGUUAAUAUAAAGUUACUUGCCUGUUGGGUCCUGCUCCUCCCAUUUCAGCUUGCCUGCCGACGUACAGGGGUCUUAUGGUAGAUUAUAUUCUAGUCAGCCAGAAAUGAUUAAAAUAAAAAAUUCAAUCUAAUUUUUUUACUAAAUUUUUGAUACAGCCUCAAUCCUUUUAUUAAAAGCAUACUGCAAUUUGUAAACGCUUGGCUUGUUAGGAAUUGUUGAAAUGAAAUUGGGUUUGACUUUUUCUUUUUUUUUCAGUUCUUCACAACCCCCCCCCCCUUCACUCUCUCUCUCUCUCCUUUCUUUCUCUCUGUCCCCCUCUUUCUUUCUUUCUCUCCUUUUUUCUCUCUCUUUCUCUCUUUUCCUUUCUUUCUUUCUUCCUUUUUUCCUCUCUCUCGCUCUCGCUCUCGCUCUCUCUCUCUCUCUGCUCUUUUCCCUCUCGCUCUCACGCACUCUCUCCCCCUCCCUCUCUCAUAGAUCACCUUAAACUUUAGUUUAGAGGGGUUUUUAAGAAAAUUUUACUGCUUUUAUUUUUAAAAAUGAUUAUUCUCACAGGAUAUCACGUAGGUGUGAUGUCUGCCGCACACUUUACUGGACUGAACCACAAAGAGAUGGUAUUUGGAACUUGGGACUCGCAAAAAACCAUUGCAAUAAACGUGUGCUGUGCUAGCAUGGGUGGUCAAGCUCUAGAGCUGGCUUAAUGCACACGCCAUGGGAUCUUGAAGCCAUAAUAGAACAUGGCGCACAUACCCCAUGUGCGCUUCGAUCUGCAAUGGCCAGGAGAGAACUGAUUCAUCUAUCACCACGGUGAUUGGCAGGCAAAUCAAAACAGAAUAAUGCAUUAUUAGCGAUUUUACUUUUUACAGUUAUUAGUAAACAUUUUAUUUAUGCCACUAGGCACUGUAUGUUGGAAGUCUUGUAUUAAAAUGUGUUUUCACCAAA